CCCAGGACUGAGCCUCGCAGUCCCUUCUGCUCUGCCCAGACCUCCGCUAAACAAAGGAGCUCUGGGCACAUCACCAGCUCCAGCACUCCAAGAAAGGGACCUCCAGGACGGGUCCUCGGCACCCGGGGGCUGCUGCCAAAAUCCAUCCUCCUCCUGCAAGGGCAGCAGGGACCCUGCGGCUGGACAGAGCUGUCGGGGGACGCUCGGCUCCGGGGCCAGCAUGGGGGAUUUGUGGCUGGCCAGGCUCCUGCUGGGCUGCUCGGCCGUGCUGGCCGUGGCACCGGCCCGGGGACAGUACGAGGGGGACUUGCAGACAGACAGAUUCGCAGCCUUCGAGGAGAGACCCCCGAACAGGGUGAGGAGAAGGGGCCAGGACUCGCUGCGAGGCCCAAAUGUCUGCGGCUCCAGAUUCCAUUCCUACUGCUGUCCCGGCUGGAAAACUCUGCCUGGAGGGAACCAGUGCAUUGUCCCAAUCUGCAGGAAUUCCUGCGGGGAUGGAUUCUGCUCCCGGCCCAACAUGUGCACCUGCUCCAAUGGACAGCUGUCCCCGAACUGCGGCUCGGCUGGAGUGCAGAGCUGCAGCGUGCGGUGCAUGAACGGCGGCAGCUGCUCCGAGGAGUCCUGUCUGUGCCAGAAGGGAUUCACUGGAACAUACUGCGGGCAGCCCGUGUGUGAGAACGGCUGCCAGAACGGGGGCAGGUGCAUCGGGCCCAACCGCUGCGCUUGUGUGUACGGCUUCACCGGGCCCCAGUGCGAGAGAGAUUACCGCACCGGGCCCUGCUUCAGCCAGGUGAACAACCAGAUGUGCCAGGGCCAGCUGAGCGGCAUCGUGUGCACCAAGACCAUGUGCUGUGCCACCAUCGGCCGCGCCUGGGGCCACCCCUGCGAGAUGUGCCCGGGCCAGCCGCACCCCUGCCGGCGGGGCUUCAUCCCCAACAUCCGCAGCGGAGCCUGCCAGGAUGUGGACGAGUGCCAGGCCAUCCCUGGGCUCUGCCAAGGUGGGAACUGCAUCAACACCGUGGGAUCCUACGAGUGCAAGUGCCCUGCUGGGCACAAGCAGAGCGAGACCAGCCACAGGUGUGAAGACGUGGAUGAGUGUGGGACCAUCCCUGGUGUGUGUGACGGCGGUGACUGCACCAACACCGUGGGCAGCUACGUGUGCUCCUGUCCCCGCGGCUUCGCCAGCAGCCCCGACGGCUCCCGCUGCCUCGACCAGCGCCUGGGGACGUGUUUCUCGGCUCUGCUGGGUGGCCGCUGUGCCGGGGACGUGCCGGGCCAGGCCAGCAGGAUGCAGUGCUGCUGUGACUCAGGACGCUGCUGGGCCAUCGGCCAGACCCCCGAGAUGUGCCCUGUGAGGGGCUCAGAUGAGUACCGCAGGCUGUGCAUCGAGGGACUCCCGGUGGUUCCAGGCUUCCCCGGGAACUUCCCAGGAAUUCCUGUCUUCGGGCCCAACGGGGUCGGGCCGGGACUCAACGGGCCCGGGGGCAUCGGCCCGAACGGGGCGAACGGCCAGGGCGGGAUCCCGGGGCUGCCCGGGAUGGGCCCGGGCAGCUCCAGCAUCGGAACGGCCACGCUGAACCAGACCAUCGACAUCUGCAAACACUUCACCAACCUGUGCCUGAACGGGCGCUGCAUCCCCACCCCGUCCAGCUACCGCUGCGAGUGCAACAUGGGCUACAAGCAGGACGUCCGUGGGGAGUGCAUCGAUGUGGACGAGUGCUCGAGCAGCCCCUGCGUCCACGGCGACUGCGUCAACACGCCGGGCUCCUACCACUGCAAGUGCCACGAGGGCUUCCAGAGCACCCCCACCAAGCAGGCCUGCAUUGACAUCGACGAGUGCAUCAUGAACGGGGUGAUGUGCAGGAACGGGCGCUGCGUCAACACCGACGGCAGCUUCCAGUGCAUCUGCAACGCCGGCUUCGAGAUCACCCCCGACGGCAAGAACUGCGUGGACCAUGACGAGUGUGCCACCACCAACAUGUGCCUCAACGGGAUGUGCAUCAACGAGGACGGGAGCUUCAAGUGCAUCUGCAAACCCGGCUUUGUCCUGGCUCCCAACGGGCGCUACUGCGUGGACAUCGAUGAGUGUGAGACCCCCGGGAUCUGCAUGAACGGCUGGUGCAUCAACACGGAGGGCUCGUUCCGCUGCGAGUGCCUGGGGGGGCUGGCGAUCGGCGUGGACGGCCGGGUGUGUGUGGACACCCACAUGCGCAGCACCUGCUACGGGGGCAUCAAAAAGGGCACCUGCGCCCGUCCCUUCCCCGGAGCCGUCACCAAAUCCGAGUGCUGCUGUGCCAACCCCGACCACGGCUUCGGGGAGCCCUGCCAGCCCUGCCCGGCCAAGAACUCCGCGGAAUUCCAGGCUCUCUGCAGCAGCGGCAUCGGGAUCACGGCUGAUGGCAGAGACAUCAACGAGUGCGCCCUGAACCCCGACAUCUGCCCCAACGGGAUGUGUGAGAACCUGCGGGGCAGCUACCGCUGCAUCUGCAACCUGGGCUACGAGUCCGACCCCACGGGCAAGAACUGCGUGGACAGCAUGAAGGGCACCUGCUGGCUCAACAUCCAGGACGGGCGCUGCGAGGUGAACAUCAACGGGGCCACGCUGAAAUCCGAGUGCUGUGCCACGCUGGGGGCAGCCUGGGGCAGCCCCUGCGAGCGCUGCGAGAUCGACACCGCCUGUCCCCGGGGGUACGCCCGCAUGAAGGGGGUCACCUGUGAAGAUGUGAACGAGUGCGAGGUGUUCCCGGGCGUGUGCCCCAACGGGCGCUGUGUGAACUCUGCCGGCUCCUUCCGCUGCGAGUGCCCCGAGGGGCUGACCCUGGAUGGCACUGCCAGGACCUGCGUGGACGUGCGGCUGGAGCAGUGCUACAUGCGCUGGGACGAGGACGAGUGCACGGAGCCGCUGCCCGGCAAGUUCCGCAUGGACAUGUGCUGCUGCUCGGUGGGCUCGGCCUGGGGCUCCGACUGCGAGGAGUGUCCCCGGCCGGGCUCCGGCGAGUACAAGGCGCUGUGUCCCCGCGGGCCCGGCUUUGCCAACCGGGGCGAUGUGCUCUCGGGACGGCCCUUCUACAAAGAUGUGAACGAGUGCAAGGUGUUCUCCGGGCUGUGCACCCACGGCACCUGCAGGAACACCAUCGGCAGCUUCAGGUGCAUCUGCGGCAACGGCUUCGCUCUGGAUGCCGAGGAGAGGAACUGCACAGACAUCGACGAGUGCCGCAUCUCCCCCGACCUGUGUGGCCACGGCUCCUGCGUCAACACCCCGGGCAGCUUCGAGUGCGAGUGCUUCGAGGGCUACGAGAGCGGCUUCAUGAUGAUGAAGAACUGCAUGGACAUCAACGAGUGCGAGCGGGACCCGCUGCUGUGCCGGGGCGGGAUCUGCAUGAACACCGACGGCAGCUUCGAGUGCAUCUGUCCCCCUGGACACGAGCUGACAGCCGAGGGCAACACCUGCAUUGACAUCAACGAGUGCUCCCUCAGUGACAACCUCUGUCGCAACGGGCGCUGCGUCAACGUCAUCGGCACCUACCAGUGCUCCUGCGACUCGGGCUUCCAGGCCACGCCGGACAGGCAGGGCUGUGUCGACAUCGACGAGUGCACCAUCACCAACGGGGGCUGUGACACCCACUGCUCCAACUCCGAGGGCAGCUACGAGUGCAGCUGCAGCGAAGGCUACGCCCUGAUGCCAGACAAGAGGUCCUGUGCAGAUAUUGAUGAGUGUGAGGAUAACCCCGACAUCUGUGACGGGGGGCAGUGCACCAACAUCCCCGGGGAGUACCGCUGCCUCUGCUUCGACGGCUUCAUGGCAUCCCUGGACAUGAAGACCUGCAUUGAUGUGAACGAGUGCGACCUCAACCCCAACAUCUGCCUGCACGGCGAGUGUGAGAACACCAAGGGCUCCUUCAUCUGCCACUGCCAGCUGGGCUACUUCGUCAAGAAGGGAACCACGGGGUGCACAGACAUCGACGAGUGUGAGAUCGGGGCGCACAACUGCGACAUGCACGCGUCCUGCAUCAACAUCCCCGGCAGCUUCAAGUGCAAGUGCCGCUCGGGCUGGCUCGGGGACGGGCUCAAGUGCAAUGACCUGGACGAGUGUGCGACCGAGGAGCACAAGUGCAACCUGAACGCCAACUGUGUGAACACGCCCGGCUCCUACCGCUGUGCCUGCCGCGACGGCUUCAACGGCGACGGCUUCUCCUGCUCGGACGUGGACGAGUGCGCGGACAACGUGAACCUGUGUGAGAACGGGCAGUGCCUGAACGCCCCCGGCGGGUACCGCUGCGAGUGUGAGAUGGGCUUCAACCCCACCGAGGACAGCAAGGCCUGCCAGGACAUUGAUGAAUGCACCUUCCAGAACAUCUGUGUCUUUGGCACCUGCCAGAACCUGCCCGGGAUGUUCCGCUGUGCCUGCGAUGAUGGAUAUGAGCUGGACAGGAGCGGGGGCAACUGCACAGACAUCAACGAGUGUGCAGACCCUGUGAACUGCAUCAACGGGCUCUGCGUCAACACCCCCGGCAGCUACCUGUGCAACUGCCCCCAGGACUUCGAGCUGAACCCCACCGGGGUGGGCUGUGUGGAUACCCGGGUCGGGAAUUGCUUCCUGGACACGCAGGACCGGGGGGACGGGGGCAUCUCCUGCAGCGCUGAGAUCGGCGUGGGGGUCACCCGGGCCUCCUGCUGCUGCUCCCUGGGCCGUGCCUGGGGCAACCCCUGCGAGCUCUGUCCUCCAGCCAACACCACCGAGUACAAGACCUUGUGCCCUGGGGGAGAAGGGUUCCGCCCCAACCCCAUCACCGUCAUCCUGGAGGACAUCGACGAGUGCCAGGAGCUGCCAGGGCUGUGCCAGGGCGGGAACUGCGUCAACACCUUCGGCAGCUUCCAGUGCGAGUGUCCCCUGGGCUACUACCUCAACGAGGACACCCGGAUCUGUGAAGAUAUCGAUGAAUGCAGCGAGAUCCCGGCCAUCUGCACCAACGGCGUCUGCAUCAACCAGAUCGGGAGCUUCCGCUGCGAGUGCCCCAUCGGCUUCAGCUACAACAACAUCCUGCUCAUCUGCGAAGACAUCGACGAGUGCAGCAGCGGGGAGACGCUGUGCCAGCGGCACGCCGAGUGUGUCAACAUCCCGGGCAGCUUCCGCUGCGAGUGCGCCACCGGGUACCGCCUGUCCCCGGGGGGGGCCUGCGUGGGUCGCAACGAGUGCCAGGAGAUCCCCAACGUGUGCAGCCACGGCGACUGCGUGGACACCGAGGGCAGCUACGUCUGCAUCUGCCACAACGGCUUCAAGGCCACCGGGGAGCAGACCAUGUGCAUGGACAUCGACGAGUGUGACCGGCAGCCCUGCGGCAACGGCACCUGCAAGAACACCGUGGGCUCCUACAACUGCCUGUGCUUCCCGGGCUUCGAGCUCACACACAACAACGACUGCAUGGACGUGGACGAGUGCUCGUCCCUGGUGGGGCAGGUGUGCAGGAACGGGCAGUGCAUCAACAGCGUGGGCUCCUUCCAGUGCCUGUGCCAGGAGGGGUACGACCGCACCCCCGACGGCAAGAACUGUGUGGACAUCAAUGAGUGUGUGAGCCUGCCCGGGACCUGCUCCCCUGGCACCUGCCAGAACCUGGAGGGCUCCUUCCGCUGCAUCUGCCCCCCUGGCUACGAGGUGCAGAACGACAACUGCAUCGACAUCAACGAGUGCGAGGAGGAGCCCAACAUCUGCCUGUUCGGGACGUGCACCAACACCCCCGGCAGCUUCCAGUGCGUGUGUCCGCCGGGCUUCGUGCUGUCCGACAACGGGCGCCGCUGCUUCGACACCCGCCAGAGCUUCUGCUUCACUCGCUUCGACAACGGGAAGUGCUCCGUGCCCAAGGCCUUCAACACCACCAAGGCUCGGUGCUGCUGCAGCAAAAUGCCGGGGGAGGGCUGGGGAGACCCCUGCGAGCUGUGCCCGCAGGAGGGGAACGACACGGACGAGUGCUCCAUUGGCAAUCCCUGUGGGAACGGCACCUGCACCAACGUGGUUGGAGGCUUCGAGUGCGCCUGUGACGAGGGCUUUGAGCCGGGGCCCAUGAUGACCUGUGAAGACAUCAACGAGUGCUCCCUGAACCCGCUGCUCUGCGCCUUCCGCUGCAUCAACACCUUCGGCUCCUACGAGUGCACCUGCCCCUCCGGGUACGCGCUGCGGGAGGACAGGAGGAUGUGCAGAGAUCUGGACGAGUGCGCGGAGGGGCUGCACGACUGCGAGUCCCGGGGGAUGCUCUGCAAGAACCUGAUCGGCACCUUCAUGUGCAUCUGCCCGCCGGGGAUGCAGCGCCGGCCCGAUGGAGAGGGGUGCACAGAUGAGAACGAGUGCCGCACCAAGCCCGGGAUCUGCCCCAACGGGCGCUGCGUGAACACGGCCGGGAGUUAUCGCUGCGACUGCAACGAGGGCUUCGAAGUCAGCCCCUCGGGCACCGAGUGCAUCGACACCCGCCAGGGCUUCUGCUUCACGGAGGUGCUGCAGACCAUGUGCCAGAUGUCCUCCACCAACCGCAACCUGGUCACCAAGUCCGAGUGCUGCUGCAACAGCGGGCGCAGCUGGGGCCCGCAGUGCGAGCUCUGCCCCCUGCCCGGCACUGCCCACUACAAGAAGAUGUGUCCCCACGGCCCUGGGUACUCCACGGACGGCAGAGACAUCGACGAGUGCAAGGUGCUGCCCAACCUGUGCAGGAACGGGCAGUGCAUCAACAGCAUCGGCUCCUUCCGCUGCCACUGCCGGCUGGGCUACACCCCGGACAUCACGGGCACCGCCUGCCAGGAUCUGGACGAGUGUAACCAGUCCCCCAAGCCCUGCAACUUCAUCUGCAAGAACACCGAGGGCAGCUACCAGUGCUCCUGCCCCCGGGGCUACGUCCUGCAGGAGGACGGCAAGAUCUGCAAAGACCUGGACGAGUGUUCCACCAAGCAGCACAACUGCCAGUUCCUGUGUGUCAACGUCAUCGGGGGCUUCAACUGCAAGUGUCCCCCUGGCUUCACGCAGCACCACUCGUCCUGCAUUGACAACAACGAGUGCACAGCUCAGCCCUCCCUGUGCGGAGCCAAGGGGCAGUGCCUGAACACCCCGGGCAGCUACAACUGCGAGUGCCAGAAGGGAUUUUCCCUGGACAGCUCCGGGGUCAACUGUGAAGAUGUGGACGAGUGUGACGGGAACCACCGGUGCCAGCACGGCUGCCAGAAUGUGCUGGGGGGCUACCGCUGCGGCUGCCCCCAGGGCUACGUGCAGCACUACCAGUGGAACCAGUGCGUGGACGAGAACGAGUGCUCCAGCCCCUCUGCCUGUGGCUCUGCCUCCUGCUACAACACCCUGGGCAGCUUCAAGUGCGUUUGUCCCUCGGGCUUCGACUUCGACCAGGCCUUUGGGGGCUGCCAGGACGUGGACGAGUGCUCGGCCGGGGGCAGCCCCUGCAGCUACGGCUGCUCCAACACGGACGGGGGGUACCUGUGCGGCUGUCCCGGCGGCUACUUCCGAGCGGGACAGGGCCACUGCAUUUCUGGCCUGGGAUUUGGGAAGGGUCCCUACCUGCCUGCCCCCCAGGAGGAGGAUGAGGACAACCUGCUGUCCCCCGAGACCUGCUACGAGUGCAAGAUCAACGGGUACCCCAAGAGGGGCCGGCAGCGGCGCAGCGUCAACGGCACAGAGAGGCACCAGGAGCACGCCGUCAACUUGGCCAGCAUGGACGUGGAGGCGCCGCUGUCCAUGACGCUGAACCUGUCGGAGCUGGCGCGCAAGGAGCACAUCCUGGAGCUGCUGCCGGCCGUGGAGCCGCUGGAGAACCGCGUGCGCUACACCAUCGCUCAGGGCAACGAGGAGGGGCUGUUCCGCAUCCACCACAGGGAGGGGCUCAGCUUCCUGCACCUGGGCCGCAAGAAAAUCCCGCCCGGCACGUACCUGCUGGAGAUCGUGAGCGUGGCGCUGCCCCGCCGGAGGGAACUGCACAAACUCGAGGCCGACAACCACCUCGACUACUUGGCGGGGGAGCUGGGCCAGGCACUGAGGAUGAAGCUGCAGCUCCAGCUCUACUAAAGCCACGAGAGACCCCCCCAGUCCCACCCGACAGCGCAGCCCUGCCCCUCGCCA